CUAGGCCAGAGGUUCUUUGAUGUUUCCUCUUUUAGAAUAUUAAUGUUUCGUAAUGGUUUUUAGAAAUAAAUUUCUGGAAAAUUAAUUAAUCAAAAAUUAAAGAAGAACUAGUUGUAGAAACUUGUUGCAUCAUUAAUUUUUCAACGAGAUUGUUGAAAUUGCAGGAAAAGCAGCCAAUCAUACAUCUACCUAUCUGCAGUACGAACACUAAUUAAACAACAAAUAUUUGCAACUUCUCAGUCUUCAAGCAACAAGCAACUAACCUAUAAUGUCUUGGGAUUCAUACAGAGACAGUCUUCUCAAAACUGGAUGCGUAGACAAAGCGGCAGUCUGUGGCACAGAUGAUGGAGCUGUGUGGACCAAAAGCCCAGAUUUUAACAUCACUCCCACAGAAAUAAAGACGAUAAUUAAUGGAUUUCGAUCUCCAGACAGCUUGUGCAGUAGUGGAAUCAUGUUGGGAGGCGCGAAAUAUCUCUACAUUCGGUCGGAUGACUCCCAAAUUCAAGGAAAGAAGGGGUCCACCGGAGUUUCCAUCGCUCGAUCUAACAAGUGCCUGAUCAUCGGGACGUAUGUGGACGGCCAGCAGCCCGGCAACUGCCGCAUGCAGGUCGAGAGGAUUAGAGACUAUUUAUUACAAAGCAAUUAUUAAAUCAAAUUAAUAUUUCCUAUUUAGAUCUCGGACUGCCUUACAUGGUCAUGCAUGCCAGCGAUGUAUCAUCCUGUCAAUACUCAAAUAGUUUUAACGCUGAAAAUUAACUUUAAUAUUUUGAAGGGAAACAUUUUUAUAAUUUAAUAAACAAAAUCCAAGAUAAUUUCAAUGCUUUUGUGAUUCAACGAAUAAAAAUGUAAACCAAACAACCGAUGUAAUAUCGCGUAUUAAUUGUUCGUGUAACAUCUUCUACAGAAUGAAAACAUGAUACACCAAUUACGAACCGGCAAUACAAACGCUAUAAAUGUUUACACUUCAUCAAAUUAUUUAAAAACCUAAGGAGUAUCUAGGGUGCCAUAUAUUGGAAGGUAGGAAAACAUUCGUCCUAUCAAUUCCCUACGAUUAGAGUAAUCACUAUAAAACGCACUUGACUGCGAGUGUACCAAACGGCACACACGUACAUACAUGCGCACACAAACGUGCGAGUUUAACCGUCCAUAUAAAAAAAAACCAAACAAGUGAUGGAUAAAUUAAACUUAUAGGAUUUUUCUAAAUGUCAACCAAAUAAUUAAAAAACAACGAUUCGAUUAGUAAUGAUAUAUAUGAUCAAACGAACAAAAUAGUUACAGACUCAGAUCGCGGGGAGGGUAAUGUUAAUGUGUUAUAUUGAAACACAAAUAGCUCUUUGUACAAACGUUCUCCUCUUUGAAUUCUUAAUAAAUUAUGCUACGGUUGUCAUGAAAUAAACUUAAUGCCAGAUACAAUGUCAACAUUUUAAACUCUUUCAAAAUAUAUUAUAAUAUUAAUGAUAAAUCGUUAUCGUGUUAGCCUCAAUGACUGAAUAAGUUGAAUUCAAUUCCUGAAUGAGACAAUUAAAAUUGCAACAACAAAAAGUAACAGCUAGUAUUAAUCACUUCAUUUUAAUGGCAGGCAAUACAUCAGCCAAUCA